ACCGUUGGCAAGACUCGGCUCCUUGUAGCUAUAAAUAGAUAACAAUCCCAUUCUGCUUAUUCUUUCUCCCAUUACAAAAUUUAUGUGGGUUUAGUAUUAUUGUAUUGAUUUUUAUUUGAUUUGCCAAGAAGAGUAAAACCUGCGGAUUUAUUUAGUUUUUGAUAAUGUGAGGGGGCAACAACAAUAUGCAGCAGAAGAAGAAGAAUCUAUGUGAUAGGCGCAGCAGCAGCGGAGAAUUACAAGUUGUCUGCACUUAAACAUGGACUUGAAGAGGUUAGGAUCAGAGAAAAAGCUAAAAUUCAAAAAAGAGACAGCAGCAAGAAAGAUCAAAUGAGGUGGAGCUAAACUCGAGAAGAUUCAAGGGGCCAAAGAAAGAUCAAAUGAGGUGGAGCUAAACUCGAGAAGAUUCAAGGGGCCAAAAUUUGUGACAGUGGCUUGGCCUGGAAUCUGUGGGCUCUCCAGAAUUGAAACAGAACAAAAGAGAUCAAAUGAGGUGGAGCUAAUCUCGGAAUUUUUUUCCUCAUUUUGUUUUGGUAUCCUGAGAAGGUAAAAGUUAAUGUUGUUAUCAAGUUGUGUUUGUUUUUUGAAGCCAAGUUAAUUUAGCAUGAUAUAUUAUGCUGUGCCUGUGAGUUCAAGUUAUCAUUUCAGAUUGAAGUUUUUUGUUCUGUUGUUGUGGUUCUACAGAGACAUCUAAUUCUCUUUUGCAUUUGUUUUAUAUAAACUGGUAUUAUGAAAGUUUAUCCGGUAUCUACAAACUCGUAUACUGCUGAAUUUUACAUUAAAUUACUGUCAAUUAUUUUAUCAAGUUAUCAAGUUGUGGUUGUACAGACAUCUAAUUGUCUUUUUUGCAUUUAUUUCAUAUAAAAGUGUAUAUAUGAAUAAGUAUGUUAUAAAAUGGCAUGUGCAUUGUUAUUAAAAUUAUCCUACUAAAUGAUAUUUGCAAACACGUUCUGCUGAAUAUUACAAAAUUAUUGUCAAUUAUUAUCAAGCAUCGUUCUGAAACCGAAUUUCUGAUUAUUUUCUGCUUUCCUUGUCUGAUCGUCAAGUUGUUCUUGGCAUUUAUGCAGUGGAUAUAUACCAUCCAUCAUUUCCUGAUUGUUGAUAGUAUCAUUUGGAUUCAGAGUUCUCCUAGUCCUUGUUUUUCUUUUGUCGAAGUCCUAAGAAUAGUUUCCGACAAAACUCUGUUGGAGGAGUCACGAAGUAAGGUUAUGCAAGGCCAUAAAGUUUCAGUUUCUUUGACAAAGGCUCUAGAUAAGAUGAGAAUGAAAUACACUUGGCACCGCUUUGGAGUUGUCAAGGAAUCUCAGCUCGAGAUCAUUGAGUUGCAGCAUGCCGUUGAUGAAUUAAGGUGAAGCCAUUUGAGGGGCCAACAACAAUAUGGAGCAGCAGAAGAACAAUAAUUUAUGUGAUAGCUGUAGCCAAUGCCCCAAAACACAGCAGCAGAAGCGGAGAAUUACAAGGUUUGUUUUGAUUUCUGGGUUUUUGGUUUAAAUUAUAACUGAAUAAUUUUUCUGAUUGCUCAUAUGCUUGGAAGCAGGGGUUUUUGACAUUUUU